CCAACAAGUAAGUGGAUGUUUGUUGCUGGUGAAGAUAGGAUUAUAGACAUGUGACUGAAACAGCAUGCAUUCUGUUGGAGAUGAACCCCAAUUCCAGCUGGGUGUUGGAGGACGGCGUGUGGGCAGGUAGAGCUCAGGUGGUCCUAAUCGCGGUGGACUGCAUGUUGCUUCUUGUGACACUCGUGCUAGGAUCAGCCGCUAACCUGUUCGUGGUGCACGCGGUGCGCCGCCACAAGUCCCUCCAGACGGCCACCAACGCUCUGCUGGUCAACCUGGCGCUCGUGGAUCUGCUACGCUGCGUCACGGACUGCCCGCUGCUGCUACUGCUGGUCGUGCUUCGGGUGCAGGGGCGCGUGGACGACCUCGGGCUCGCGCUGUGCAGUGCGCAGCUUGCCUGCUUCUCUGUGAGCUGUGGUGCGCAGUUGCUUACCGUGGCGGGGAUCAGCCUCGAGCGCCACCGAGCCGUCACGAAACCUUUCGAGGGCGGCGGGGGCGGUGGCGAGCGAAGGAAGCGCGUGACCGCGUGGAUCCCGUUUACGUGGGCCGCGCCCGCUCUAGCAUCAGGGCUGUGCGCGCGUUACGCACGGGACUCGCCCGUAUACGCGCGGUGCAGAGGUGUGCUUGUGUCCGAACUCCAUACAUACGACUCGUUCGGUCGGUACGUCCUGUUGCCCGCGUGGUGCGCGUGCUUGGCAGUAAUAGCGGUGUGUUACGCGCAUAUUUUCAUGGUGGUGAGAGCGCACGGGAGGAAGAUAUUCGACAAGGGCGUGUUUCCCCCACCCGGGAAAAAAGGGGACGAGAAAAAAGUCAAAGAUAAAGAGGGGAAAGGGAAUGUGGACACGGUUAGCGCGCACGAGGCUGCAAAAACGCAUUUAGCACCAGAGCUGAAAGGAGCAGGCGAGACUGAUGACAGUGUGCUGCGUGACGGGGGCGCGCAAAAGACCCUGACCCCGAGUCAAACUCCCUCUACAGACAGCGUGACUCUAGUGUCCGAGCUGUGCGGGAACGAGCCUGAUCCACCUGACCAGGCAGAAACAGGACAGGAGCCAACAGUGGACGCAGAAUGCGCGUCCACGGCGCCCUGUGACACCCAGAGCUCGUCUGAUACGCACCAAAAUGCGCAGGAACUAGAACCCCCUCAGAGCGUGCAAGAGCACGUGCCUGAAGUCCUGGACGUAGAGGACGAGGAGACAUCUCCAGGUGAGGCUCAGAGCGUGCAAGAAGAGCACGUGCCUGAAAUCCUGGACGCGGAGGACGAGGAGACAUCUCCAGGUGAGGCUCAGACCGAGCACGAGAACGCGCCUGAACGUCUAGAUGUUGAGAGCAAUGAGGGGUCUCCAGGUGAGGCUCAGAGCACGGACGAGAACGCGCAUGACCAGCCACACGAAGACGGCAAACAAAAAGCGGACAAUGAUGCGCCACAGGACAUACAGGAGGACACUGCCCAAAGCGUGCAGGUCAGCGCCCCCCAGGAAGAAGAGGCAAUGGGGGCGGUGUGCAUGAUGCCAUCUUUCGCCAACAAGGAGAAAGCUAACAAGAAGAAGGAGAGCAAACUGGCCAAACGCUCCGGAUACAUCGUCUUCACUUUCCUCGUCUUCUGGUUGCCACUGAUCGGCACAAUAGUGCUGAACAUCUUUCUGAACAGAAAAGAAGUUCCAAGCGUGAAAGUCGUUAACGAGCUGGAGGUUCUUGCAGUCUGCAUUGCCUGCAUGACCUCACUGACCAACCCCAUCAUUUAUGCAGCAGUCAACCCUCAAUUCCGCAAUGAAUUUUACUACCUGAAGAACAAAUGCAAAGUACUAUGUGCAAAACAAUAAUCUUUUUUGCUAUAAUAAACCCCGCCUACGCGAUGCGGGGAGGGGAACUGUGAUGAUGUUGCUUGGGGUACAGUUCAGAACAGCUUGAGACGGUUCUCCAGCCAGGUCCCCCCCGCAGCUAGGUGAGUAAUGAAGAUGAGUGAUGAAGACGAGGGUGGUGAUGGGGUGGAGGCGGGUGCGAGGUAGAAAGUCACGUAGGUGAGCACCUAGGAGGUAUAUAUAUAUAUAUAUAGGACCAGGGGGAGGAGCUCGGGAAAUUGAGGCGUGGUUCAUAUCCCAAAAUUUUGUGAAUUCUUAACACUUUAUAGUCUGUAACUGGGUUUUAAAAGUAAUAAAUAAAUAAAUAAAUAAAUAAAAAACAAAAUCUUUUAUACCUAUUUUUUUUCUGGAAUAAAAUCUUGAAAAGACCAUAUUUUCAACAACAUACUUUUCUUAUAAGUUAGGGAUAAACAGAAAAAAGUAAAACACUCAGUUAUCUGAUUAUU